AUGGGAUUCGAUCAAUAUGGAAUUCAACCACCAGAAUUUGAGGAAUUCGGAGAAUUCUAUGAAUUUGAGGAUAUUUUGGAUAUUGAGGAAUCAGAUGAAAGUGAGAUACAUGCUUGGUGUGAACCACUUGGUGCCUUGAAUGAUAUUCUUGAAAAGAACCCUAAACUUUUAAAAGGGAUGUCUAAAAAAUUAAUUCCAAAAAUGAGUUAUUGUGAUACAUUAUUGAUAUUUUUUGAAAACGGGUUUCAUUUGUUUUUGGAAGAAUUGAAAUGGUUAGACAAGGACUAUAACUUAAAAAAUUUUCAUUCAAGAAAGAAGUUUUAUAAGAGGCUUGAAAAGAGGAUGAGAAAAUUGCAUAAGUUUAUGUCUACUGAUAUUGAAGUUGAUGGCGAAGUUUUCACGAAGUUGAUAACAUUUGCUCGUUUUGCUUUUAUAAAGGAUACGAUCAAAAGUUCCCACGAUAUCACUUUGAGAGAUAUUAGGAUAAUCUUAAAAGAUCAUCACUAUUCGGCUUAUGCUGAGAUAUUUAAGUCCAACUACAGUGAUUAUAAAGAAAACUCGUACUGGGAUAACAGAAUUUCGCUCAAAAAUCUGAGAUUCUUAUACGAAUUUUUACUUGAAAUGGAUUUGGUUCCGCGAUUAGCUAGCUAUUAUGAACUUGCACCAUUAUUGUUCAAGUUAUCAAAAGCAAACAAUUUUGCUGCGAAAGCUUCUAAAGAAUUUUUGAAACAGUUAACACUUUCAGAAAUUGUUGAUUCAAAGAAUGUCACAAAAUGCAUAAAUAUGAAUGAUUCUUGUUCCAACUAUCAAAUCUGUGAGGAUAAAUUCACCAAUUUUGUCUUGAACUUUAUGUUGACUACUAACAGAAGCUGGGAAGAUACCAAAAACCAAAUUACCAUGGGACCAAACCCUAGCUCCAAACAGUGUGAUUUGACAUUUUUUGAUCUACUUGUUCGAACUCCAGAAUUAACAGAGAAAAUUUUCAGUGACCCUGCAUUGGAGAGAGAGUAUAACAGGUUCUGGAACUAUCCAAGUGUUCCUACUGAUACCGCUGCAUUUGAGGAUGCACCUGUGUUGCAACAAAUUAGAGACGAGCUAGGUGAACUGUUUGAGUCGUUUAAUAGUGCAUCUGAGUUGGUUCUGUCAAUCAAGGAAUUGAGUUCAGACUACGAUCAGGUGUGUUCAAAUAUUGUUGAAGCUUCCCGCUAUUUUGGUGACAAUUUAGUUGCGUUGGAUGAACUCAUUAUUCGCUAUCAUGAAGUCAAUAAACUGGAAAAUGAAAGUAUUAUUAAUACCGAAUAA